AUGCCGGGAGAUCAACAGCAGUCCCAAACUAGUGACAACGCAGGCUCCACACCCAUGCAGCUGCAGCAGCCCCAGACUGAUUGGCGAUCAAUUGCGGACGCCGCUGCGAACCGCACGUAUCAGGGUGAAGCAAGCGGCCGUGGUGUUCUCUGUAGCUUCAUCCGCUCCCACCGCAGCUGCAUGAUCGCCGGUAUUGCCGUGAUGCUUAGUUUAGUCGGUGUGGGACUCGCCCCUCUGACGUUCAUCAAUAAAGAGCAUCGCGAGUUUAGGCAGACGCUGUGUUCCUUCCCGAGACGCAGCCUUUCAGCAGACGGGCCGGAGAGCGGGGGCCUGCCGCCCGUCCGAUCUGAUCCAACCGGCCGCCGCAGGGCAAAGCGAGCCGCCAACUGUCUCACUCUGCCGUUUGGUGGCUGUCCACAAGGGGCUCCGGAGAUGCCUGGCGUAGGCGGACCGGUUGGCCCCAGCGGUCGUGACGGUCGCGAUGGGAUUCCAGGUCCUGCCGGGCCACCAGGACCUCCCGGCCCGCCCGCCUCAUCUGGGCCGUGCAGCCAACCCGGACCCCCUGGCCUACCUGGUCCCGAGGGCCCACCCGGAUCCAACGGGUCAGAUGGCCGGGACGGAUUCCCUGGACCACCUGGAAGCUGUGAUUGUGACAGUAACGCUGUCAGCCUGAAAGAUUGUGACGACGUCUACAAGGCAGGCCACACCACCAGCAGUGUAUACACCAUCCAGCCAGACGCCAACGGAGCCUCGUUCCGGGUCUACUGUGAGAUGGAAGCCGGGGCCGGCGGCUGGACUGUCCUCCAGAAGCGCUUCGACGGUUCUGUAGAUUUUGUUAAUGACUGGGAAAGUUACAAAAAUGGGUUUGGGGACCUUAGCGGUGAGUUUUGGCUGGGAAACGACAAAAUCUAUCAGAUCUCUAACGAGAAGGUAUACCUUCUGCGCAUUGAUCUGGAGAAUUGGUCCUCAGAAACGGUAUAUGCUGAAUAUGAUAGGUUCUAUAUCGAGGAUGAAGCAGCAAAGUACCGUCUGCAUGUUGGUGCCUAUAGCGGUACUGAUGGGGAUGGUGGGUACGGGUUAAGCUUUCAUGAUGGGGACAGAUUCUCAACACACGACCAGGAUAACGACGAUCGGUUGGGCCAUAACUGCGCAACUGUCCAUGGCGGUCACGGUGGUUGGUGGUAUAAUCGUUGUGACACCGUUAACCUGAACCAGCCGUACAAGCAUGGCGGCGGGGGGAGUGAGGCACAUGGUAUAGAAUGGUGGGCGUGGACAGCUCACCGGAACUCAAUAAAGUCUUCUGUCAUGAAGAUCAGACCUGCUCCUUAG